AUGUCCCUGAAGUUGCCAAGAAACUGGGAUUUCAACCUGCGAGGGGAGGCUGGCAAAAUAGCUCGGUCAAGGAGCGUGAUGACCGGAGAGCAGAUGGCGGCCUUUCACCCUGCAUCCACCCCCAACCCGCUGGAAAGACCCAUCAAGAUGGGCUGGCUGAAGAAGCAGAGGUCCAUCGUGAAAAACUGGCAACAGAGGUACUUCGUGCUGAGGGCGCAGCAGCUCUGUUACUACAAGGACGAGGAGGACGUAAAGCCGCAGGGCUGCAUGUAUCUACCUGGAAGUACAAUCAAGGAGAUCGCCACAAAUCCAGAAGAAGCGGGGAAGUUUGUCUUCGAAGUCAUUCCAGCCUCAUGUGACCAGAGUCGUACAGGACAGGACUCCUAUGUCCUCAUGGCCAGCUCCCAGGCGGAAAUGGAGGAGUGGGUUAAAUUCCUUAGGAGAGUCUCUGGCACGCCCUCUGGAGCCGUGUUUGGCCAGCGCCUGGAUGAGACCGUGGCUUAUGAGCAGAAGUUCGGCCCCCACCUGGUGCCCAUCCUGGUGGAGAAGUGUGCCGAGUUCAUCCUGGAGCAUGGUCUGAACGAAGAGGGCAUCUUCCGAUUGCCUGGACAGGACAACCUGGUGAAGCAGCUGAGAGAUGCUUUUGAUGCGGGGGAGCGGCCCUCCUUUGACAGAGAUACAGACGUCCACACGGUGGCUUCCCUGCUGAAGCUUUACCUCCGAGACCUCCCAGAGCCCGUGGUUCCCUGGAGCCAGUACGAUGGGUUCCUGCUCUGUGGGCAGCUCAUGAAUUCAGAUGAGGCAAAGGCCCAGCAGGAGUUGAUGAAACAGCUCUCCAUUCUUCCCCGAGACAACUAUAGCCUCCUGAGCUACAUCUGCAGGUUCCUCCAUGAAAUCCAGCUGAACUGUGGAGUUAACAAAAUGAGCGUGGACAAUCUGGCUACUGUGAUUGGUGUAAAUCUCAUCAGGUCGAAGGUCGAGGACCCUGCUGUGAUCAUGAGAGGGACUCCUCAAAUCCAAAGAGUGAUGACCAUGAUGAUCAGAGACCACGAAGUCCUUUUCCCCAAGUCCAAGGAUGCACCUUUAUCACCCCCUGCCCCCCAAAAUGACCCCAAGAAACCUCCAGUUGCACGAAGCUCUGUGGGCUGGGAUGCCACUGAGGACCCUCCAGUUUCUAGGACAGACAGUGUAAGUAACAUGGCCAGUGACUCAGAUGCAACCAGCCCCACUGGACAACAGCCAAACGAUGGGUGUCUAGAAGACAAAGCAUCCAGGGACAAGCCAGGAGAUUGGAAGCUGCAAUCACGAAAAAGGACUCAGACACUCCCAAACCGGAAAUGCUUCUUGACCUCCGCUUUGCAAGGUGCCAACAGCUGCAAAGCAGAGAUCUUUAAAAAUGAAUUCUGGUCAUCUUCUUUGGAGGCAAAGGCUGGGGAUGGACACAGGAGAACGAUGUCUCAAGGUGUGCCGCAGUUUUUCGACUCCCAGCGGACUUCCACUUAUGAUAAUGUCCCCACCCAGCCCGGGUCCCCUGGGGAUGAAGCCAGUACACUCUCACCCCAGGCCUGUGACUCCAAGAGAGAUGCUCUUGCCAGCCUAAACUCUGAAACUGGGCCUGGGAGAAAAAUCUCUGGUGAAGAGGAACUUGAAUCUUUGCAGAAGAUGGUCCAGGAGCUGCGAAAGGAAAUAGAAACACAGAAGCAAAUGUAUGAGGAACAGAUUGAAAACCUCGAGAAGGAAAAUUAUGACGUGUGGGCUAAGGUGGUGAGGCUCAAUGAAGAACUGGAGAAUGAGAAGAAGAAGUCAGCUGCCUUGGAAAUCAGUCUCCGCAAUGUGGAACGCUCCCGGGAGGAUGUGGAGAAGAGGAACAAGGCCUUGGAAGAGGAGGUCAAGGAGUUUGUCAGAUCAAUGAAGGAACCCAAGACUGAUGCUUGA